AUGAACGAGUUAGCUUGUGUCGCUGGUUACCCUGACAGUAAAUUCCCAACUGAACUAUUUGGCUGUGCAAGCGAAUAUCUGAGGUUGAUCGCGAAUGAGCACUUAACACAACUUUGGACUCAGCGCAGCCUUGUUGAGGAUUCGGAAAUUGCCCAGCAGCGAUUUAUUGCCCGUCACCGGUUCGCACAGCUAGUCUCAGAGUACCACCCUGAGGUCUACAGGCUAUCUCUACCCUUCUGCGACGAUAUUCGACCAUCAUAUAUGCUUAUAGAUCUAAUGACACUUCAGAUCACUGCAGUUCUCGAUUUCGAGUUCACAAAUGCCAUGCCAGCUGAGUUUAUGUAUGACCCACCCUGGUAG